AUUUAAUCUCGAAUGAACUGUCUUAUUUGAUCAUCUGCCGACUCUUGCUGGCCAACGGCUGAGAACUCCGAUUCGAAAUUUACCCGCGAGCUGGACUUCGACCUACGGAAUUCGAAGUCUCCCCCCCGAGUAUGCAAACGGCAACGGCCCCGAUCUCGAGAACCCUGGUAGAAUAUGGGCGGCUCCAUACUUGAAUUACUCGGCAAAGCCGACAACCUCAAAGACCCUGUGCCGGUUCUCAACCAACGACCUGCGGUCCUGGCUAUGGUCGUUUCCUUUCUGCUUGUCGCCUGGAUAUGCGGUGCCUUUCGACUCUAUGUCCGGUUGUUUAUUGCUCGGUGUCCGGGAUGGGAUGACUUCUUCGUGGUGUUAUCUUUGCUCACAAGCCUGCUUUUAUCUAUCGCGACGUGCGUGGCCACAGAUUAUGGGCUGGGCAAGCACUUUCUAUUACUUGGAGUUAACGGCAUGCAAAAUUUCAUCAAAGCCUUUUAUGUCUGCAACGGCGCAUACCCAAUGGCAACAGCCCUCAUCAAAUUGGCCUUACUGUUUCAAUAUCUACGAAUGUUUGAACGCAACACGAAGUCUCGAUUCGUUACCAUUAUCGUCAUUUACAUCACCGCACUAUGGGGUGUAGCUUACUCCUUCAUUGCCUGGAUCCCCUGCCUUCCCGUGUCGGCCUUUUGGGACCUUUCAUCGACUACGGAUACUCGAUGGGCAUUUGGCUCCCGCGACCCCAUUAUCUUUGCGAAAAGCUUCGAAAGCCACGUCGGAAUGAAUGUUGCACUGGACCUCAUUGUAUUUGCGAUACCUAUUCCCUUGUUCCUGGAGGCUGGAACUCGGACGAAGUCGCGCUUGGGCCUGCUUGGUCUGUUCACCAUGGGUGUUCUUGUGAACGUUCUUGGAAUCUUCCGUCUCAUCGGCAUUUCACACUCGAGAGCGGGCACUUAUCCGACCCUCGAUCCCAGCUGGUACGGCUGCGUGCCCAUCGUCCUCGCUGCUGUCGAGAUCAACUUGGCGACGAUUUGCGCCUCGUUACCCGUCUUCUGGCCCACUCUACAGAGUAGCAUCGGCCAGAUCUUCAUCACCAAAGAGAUCGAGAUUACAUCGGAGAUACGCCGUCUCAGCAGUCUCCGUGACGAAGAGGCCACCGCUGAGCUGUGCGACUUUCCAUCACCACAAAAACCGAGCAAGACGUAUGGAGGAGUCGAGGUGAAUGAGAGGUGGUGUAUUAAUGAGUCCCCGUUGAGGUCAACAACAGUUGAGGUCGAAUCAAGGGGACUUCACACAAAACCGAGCGAGAUGUCGCUAUUUUCCGAAGGGUUCAAGAGGAUAGCGGACGACCAGGAAUCACAUGAUCGUCUCGUUCCGUCCCCAUCGCGCAGUCGAUUAAGACCAUGA